CUUGCAUUUGGUAUCAUAAACCAACAGAUACAGGGACUAUACUGAACUAAAGAAGCUGCGCCCAAUUCAGUAUAAGCGUAGUGUUAUCCAAGGCACUGUACACAGGGUUUUUAGGAGUACAUCUAGCUGGGAGCAAUUUGAUAAGGCUAUGAAAACUAAUAGGGCGCUAUGGCUGACAAAUCAGUACCCUGAAAAUUGGUCCGCAAAGGUGGCUGCAGACCCUGGACAGUGAGAGGUGUUUGUCAAUUCAAUCACCAAAGGAUGUGAAGCCUCCAAUGCUGAUGGUGCAAUAUAGAGGUAACCAGAGCCAAUAUUUUGCUAACAGGUUACGAAAAUUAACUAACGUUCAAGUGGUUUUCACCCUAAGAAAACUAGAAUCAGGUUUACCAUCCUUGAAGUCAGCAUUUUCUAAUGACCUCAAGUCAAGAGUGGUUCAUAAACUGUCAUGUAGUGGAUGCACUUCCAACUAUGUCGGAUAAACUGUUCGACAUUUGACCACUAGAAUUAAGGAACAUAAGAAAGUCGACUCACCGGUAGGCCUCCACCUUCAGCAAUGCCAACUUGAGGGAAAUAGCGCAGAUCUUAGUUGGGAAAUUAUAGAUAGGUCAAACAACCAAACAAAAUUGCUAACACUAGAGGCAAUACAUAUCAGGAAAGAGAACCGGGCUUGAACACGCGCGAUGAGUUUAGGAGCAGGGAUUUAACACUGAAAAUUUAGUCCCAAAAUAUUUUUAGUUUUAUAUUCAAAACGUACAUGGCUAAAUCAAAAUUAUGACUCAGAAACUUCCAGACGAAUUAAUUUGAAGAAACUAGAACUAUUGUCACUUGAAUACUGCAGAAGGUGAGGAACAAUGAUCGAAAUUUUCAAAAUAGGUUACAACCGUUCUGACCCAAAAGCUACGAAAGACAUGUUCGAAUCGAAUAAUCGUGACACAUGGACAAAUGAAAAAAAAAGUGAUAAUGGAGAAGGCCAAAUUCGAAUUGCGGAAAAACUUUUUUACCAUUAGAUCAGCUACAGAUUGUUACAUGGUGCCAGGAGAAGUAAUUGACUCGAAGACCUUAAACGCUUUCAAGAACAACCUGGUCAAACAUUGGAAGAAAAGCGGAAUUAAUAAAUUUGAGACUAAUUAAUCGAAAAGGAGUACAUCAUGAGCUGAUCGAUAAAGGCGACAAAACGCCUAAAAGAUCAGAAAAAGAACUAAACUGAACUGAUAACAAAUGAAAAACGUCUCGAAAGGGUACGCAAGUUUUUUCGGCUUAGUUGCCGCUCGAUAAAUGUUCCCAAAUAUCUAAUUCCUACCGGUGAUUGCUUUUAUGGACGGGGUUCAUUCAAAUUGAAAAUCAUUUGAGUCAAAAUUAAAAAUUUGGUGAUUUCGGAAUCAUAAUUCACUCGCAGUUUUAAAAUAAAAAUGGAUUCAUAAAAAAACUUAUUGUAAAAGGUUCAAAAUGUGCGAUAUGUUAAAUUGUAUUCUCGAACGAAAUGUUCGUAACCACAUCACAAUGCUUAUAACUUAUAAGGAACAUACCUAUCAUAAAUGAAAAAAUUCACUCCCUGAUAGUUUUAAUCGGCUACUGUAGAUGGUAUUUUAAUCGUUUUUUUUUGUUCCCGUAAAAAACUUUGUUCACGAGUUGAUCUCCAAUUUCGAGAUCCUUUUUUCAAUACGUUGUGCGUUUAACAGUGCCUAGAGUUAAUGCGUUUCUAGAAGUACUGGUAAAAAACUUUUCAGUUGUAAAUUGUUUUUUUGUAGGUUUCUUGAUUUCGCCCCAAUUUUUGUCGGCUUAUGUGCCGGGUGUUUUUUUUUCAUGAAAUUCCAUGAAAUUGAUUAUCAAAUUAAAUUCGAAGAAAAUAACACGAUAAAAGGAUAUUUAACACACGUUUUUUAAUACGCCUUUUUUACACUCUAAAGCUUCGAGUUUGAAAUGAAAAAACCCUUAAGCAAUUUUUUGAACAGUUUUAUAAAUUUAUUUUCAACUAUUCGGAUGAUGUGGCUCAGAGUCAGCACACCUGCUUGAGACGGCAAAGGCUUGUGGCUCGAAUUCGACGUAGACCUGUUUUUUUUGCAAAAUUGGUUUUUUGUGGUUUUUCGGACUAUCGCCGGUCUUUCAAUUUUUGUCGGCUUGAUUCCCGUAGCCCGAUUUUUUGCUGAAUUUUCAGCUGUCUUCCAAGUUGUAAUAGCACAGCCCAGGAGUUUUGUAGGUUUCUUGAUUUCGCCCCAAUUUUUGUCGGCUUAUGUGCCGGGUGUUUUUUUUUCAUGAAAUUCCAUGAAAUUGAUUAUCAAAUUAAAUUCGAAGAAAAUAACACGAUAAAAGGAUAUUUAACACACGUUUUUUAAUACGCCUUUUUUACACUCUAAAGCUUCGAGUUUGAAAUGAAAAAACCCUUAAGCAAUUUUUUGAACAUUUUUAUAAAUUUAUUUUCAACUAUUCGGAUGAUGUGGCUCAGAGUCAGCACACCUGCUUGAGACGGCAAAGGCUUGUGGCUCGAAUUCGACGUAGACCUGUUUUUUUUUUGCAAAAUUGGUUUGUGGUUUUUCGGACUAUCGCCGGUCUUUCAAUUUUUGUCGGCUUGAUUCCCGUAGCCCGAUUUUUUCUGAAUUUUCAGCUGUCUUCCAAGUUGUAAUAGCACUGAUGCUUGAGACGACAAAGCCCAGGAGUUCGAUUCAAGGUGGGACCUGUUUGUUUUGCAAAUUGAAGGUUUUCGGUUAUUUUAGAUUAUCGUCUGUCUGCUUAUUUUUGCUGACUUAGUCCCCACAUAAAAGAGUUUUUUGAAAGUUGGACUAAAUUCUAGCAUUCGGAAAGUUUUUAGUAAAGUUAAUAACGGUGCAGGUAAUUUUGUUCCGGAUAUUUUGGGCUUGUGCAAUUUUUUUUCGACUAAAAUCGUUUUUUUUUCUGAUUUCAUUUCAAUCAUAGUCAUUCAUUUUCGAAUUGUAAGUGGCGCGAAGCUCAGCUUCGCCUCUGUAUUAGCAUUUUUCACUAAAAUUCAGAAGUUUAGUGAAGAAGUUUCGUUUUUCAUGGUCGGUUAUUAUGUAGAACACUUCUACAUGUAAUUAAGUUGAAGUCAAAAGUUUAACUCAUCUUUACAUGUAGCGUAGUCUGUUUUUACGGUUAAUGCCAGUUUUACGUUGUAAUUUUUCUUAACACAAAAUAUGUACGCGUAGCUUUUCAGCGGUUGCUUAUAAUAUCAAUUACAGCAGGCGUGUUAUUCGGCUCAAGUGAUUUUGUCAAACUCGAGGAUCUAUUGAAGCUGAAUAAGAUGUUCAACAUUAGUCUGUGCAUUGCGAUUAUUGACAGUCAUAAUCAAAACAAGAUCGCACAACUUCACGAAGAAUUUGAAAACUUCUCAAUGUUCAAGAAUGUCGUCGUCGAAAAUACCUGUAAGUCGAAACCGGCUUUCUAGUUUUAAGUCAGGUCAGCAGACGAAUCAAGCUGCAGCGAUGGAAGAGUCAAGAUACGAAGAGUUGUUGAAAGAGUUUGAAGAGUAUAAAGAAGACAAAGAGCGAGAACUGUUGAGUUUAGAAGAGGAAAUUGACAUUCUAGAGGGUGAACUGCAUCUAGCACAGAAUGGUGGUGUUGAUAACCAGGCUACUGCUGAAAUUGACGUGUUACGUAAAACUAUUCAAGACUUGGAGCAGAAGUUAGAUGAGAAAGAAAAUACAGAAGUAGCUCUGAACAGAGAAAUAGAUCAAUUGAACAGAGAAAAUGAAGAAAUUAAUGCCCUGAUGAGAGAUGCCCAGAUGUAUCUCGAUGAACCAAUUGAAUCAAAUGGAAUUGCGGACCAAAAUACUACACAUGCUCCGACAGAGAAGAACCUCGAAGUAAUUCAGAAGUUGGAACGUAAGAAAAAGGAUUUGAUAAAGGACCAGGAAAAGCUUAAAGAGAAAUUGAUCGCCACCGAUUCAGAGCUGAAAUUAUCUAAAGACACGAUGAAACGAAAAUCUGAUGAAAUUACUUAUCUAAAAAAUAAAAUCGACGGUCUUGAAGGAAAAAUGAAAGAAUUGAAAUUGAGCGAAACUAGAGCGAUGCAGUCAUUUUCCAAAGACAAAGAUAUAAUUGAUAAACUAACCAAUCAGCUGAAAGAAAGGACUAGCACUGUGAAAAGAAUGGAAGCCGAAAUCGCAACUUUGAAAAAUUUGAAGGUGAAAAUGGAGAAAGAUAAAUUGCAUGAUAUCGAAGAAAUCAGAAAAGCUGAACAGAAAAAACGAAGCGAUCUGGAGAAAAAGAAUAAGAAGCUUGCGGAGGAAAUUUCCACGCUUCAAAGUAACAAAACAGAAAGCAACAAAGUAAUCGCAGAGCUUCAGAAAAAGGCUGAAAAAUCAUCGAAUUCGCGAUCUUCUGAGAAAGAGGAAUUGAAAAGAGUGAAGCUGCAGUUGGUAUCGCGUGAGUCAGAAGUGGAGUCUUUGGCUAGACAACUGGAACAAGAGAGAGAAUCCACGGAAGUGAGCAUUGCAGCCUUAGAAGAACAGAUUCGAUUCCUGGAACAACAGCUGUCGGACUCAACGACCAAAUACGACGAAGUUGUUGAGGAGAAAUGUGAAAUAGAAAAUAAAUUUAACAAUCUGAGAGAAUUCGAAUACAGGCACAACGAGCUAGAGAAAAAGUAUAAAGAGAACUGUGAGAGACUCGAGUUUUUGGAAGCAGAAUUGGAGUCCAAUCGUAAAACGAGGACAGACACUGAAUUGAAGAGAGAUUUGGAGAAGAAAUCCAAGGCGUUAUUGUACGAGCAAGAGAAACGAAGUCAUCUAAGCGAAGAGUUAGAACGUGCCAAUCAGGAAAUUAUGCAGCUUCAAAACGAAUUAGAAGCCUCUGUGAAAGCAGCCUCAGAAAGCAUACACUCCAAAUCUGUCCUCAAAACUUCCCGCAUAGAAGAUACUUUAAACUGUUUCGAAGAAGACCGAACAAGUGUACAUGAACAGGAAUUAAUGAGUCUGAAUUUGUUGAAAAGAAGCAGAGAGGAGAGAAGAAAUUUGGAACACAGACUGUCAGAAGUGACUGCGGAUAAGAAUUCUCUCGAGAUCAAAGUGUCGUUUCUCACUAGGGAACUACAAGACAAGGAGAACACUGUGAUAGAUUUGAUUGAAGUGGGUUCGGAGAAGGUGAAGAACAAGAUGGAUUUGUCUGUGGAAUUGGAGAAGAAACUGAGAGAAGAGAGAAUGGUGAUGGAUGAGUUGGACAUGCAGUUGCAGUGUGUGAGAAAUGAGAACGAAUCGCUCAAAAGGGCACUGCAGUCGUCACUGAAUGACACAGCAGACAGAGAAGACAAAGUGAACUCAUUGAACUUAAUUGUGAACAGACGAGAGCAGGAGUCGAAUGAGUUGAGGAAUCAGAUUGAAAACAUGUUAUUUCAAACCGACAGCAAUCGAAGAAGUUUCCACAGAAGAAAUCGAGCAUUUGAUAACCCAAACAUCGCUGCCAUAUCAAUACCCAGAGUGCCUACUGGCUUCGUCUUUCCUCGCAAUACUUGUCACGAUACGAGGAAGUUGAAUCUACCAUCUAAUUCGUUUUUUACUUCAAAUACAUUGCUAUGAUUCUUGAAAGCUUUAUAAUUCAGCAGAUGUAUCUGUAAAAUAUUGAACCACAAACUUUUGCAAUUAAAAAUUUUAAUAC